AUGGUCUGCGCCGCUGCCCGCGUACUCGUCGCUGCCCAGCCCAGUCUGCUGAUGAUAACUCCGAGCAGGAGGGAGGUGCUCGACGUUGCCGUCGUCGUUGCCAACGCCGCACUGCCGAGCGAGAUGAGGAGCAACAGCGCCGUGGCUCUGCAGCUGCUCGAGCUGCGGCUGCGGAAGCUCGCCGACGCCUGCAGCAGCAGCAGCAGCAGCAGCAGCAGCAGCAACAGUACGCACAAGGUCAAGAACAACACCAACAACAAGAGCAGCAAGACCGAGACCGAGGCCGGCCUACACCAUGGCCACGAGGAGGAGGCUUAUGCCACCCAACUGAGUGUGCUCCGCGAAAUGGGCUUUCCCCAAGACAAGUCCACUUUGCUUGCUCUCCUCCAUCGUCAUCACGGCGUGAUGGCGGGCGUCGUCGGCGAGCUUUUCGCCUCUUCCUUGUCUGAAUAGUGUUCUGAUCGCUCUGCCUACUUCGCCAUCCGAUCUCGAUACUGUGCUACUUGUCUAUUUGUCUUGUGCAUGUUGAUGCAGCAUGAUACCUUUCUUGCUGGUCGCGCUAUUUGUAUGAUUUCCUCUCUUGUCCUCGACAACGGAGUUUUCGCAAUACCGCUCUCGUUCGUUCCGUCGUUCGUAAAUGAAAUUCCCGGUCAUGUUGCUGUGCAUUGCUAUAUGUCGUUUCUGAUAUCGAAUUGAAAGCUUGGCGCC